AUGACGAGAAGUCUUUUGGAACCCUGGGACGUCACGCGGGCAGAGGAGGCCGAGAUGGAGUCUUCGUCUGAGCUGACCGUUCUCUUAGCGAACGCCAGUCUCCUCCAGGUAACCAACUCCAGCGGGAACUCCUCCAAUGUCUCCAGCCUCACCUACUAUCCCUACUACCAGCACUCCCUGCCUGUAGCGACCAGCCUUAUCCUGGCCUAUCUGUUCAUCUUUCUCCUUUGCAUGGUGGGAAAUGGCUUGGUUUGCCUCAUUGUCUUGGAGAACCGACGUAUGCGCACAGUCACCAACCUCUUCAUCCUCAACCUAGCUGUCAGUGACCUACUGGUGGGUGUCUUCUGCAUUCCUACCACACUGGUGGACAACCUCAUCACAGGUUGGCCAUUUACCAACACCGUGUGUAAAAUGAGUGGACUGGUUCAAGGGAUGUCUGUGUCAGCGUCUGUUUUCACUCUGGUGGCCAUCGCAGUUGACAGGUUUCGCUGCAUUGUGUACCCUUUCCAGCCCAAACUCACCUUAAAGGUUGCAAAGGCAACCAUAGUGAUGAUAUGGGUCCUGGCUGUUGUGAUCAUGUGUCCAUCGGCGGCGAUGUUAACAGUGGAGAGAGUGGAGCAUCACUACAUGGUCCACAACCACGACUACAACCACACCUACCCCUUGUACUCCUGCUUCGAGAACUGGGCCGACCCCCAGAUGAGAAAGGUGUACACCACGGUGCUUUUUGCUCAUAUCUACCUAAUACCUUUGACUGUCAUCACGCUGAUGUAUGGGAGCAUCGGUGUGAAACUCUACACUACGUCCGUGGUAUCAGGCUGCGAGCCUCAGGAAGGAGCCCAACAGCAUUCCACUCCUCCUGUCCCUUCGAGGCAGCAUGAAGGAAGGCCUCUAAUCUCACAGAAAAAGAUCAAAGUCAUCAAGAUGCUGAGCGUGGUAGCUUUGCUCUUCACGCUUUCUUGGCUGCCGCUGUGGACUUUGAUGCUUCUGACCGACUACGGUGGUCUAAAUGAGGACCAGCUGGAACUCCUUACAAGCUACGUGUUCCCUUUUGCUCACUGGCUGGCAUUCUCAAACUCGAGCGUCAACCCCAUCAUCUAUGGCUACUACAACGAGAACUUCAAGCGAGGUUUUCAAGCCGUGUGCCGUCCGUACUCGUGCUGUUGUUCAGACAGGAUUCAGGGGGUCAGGUGGGUGCAGAGAGGUCAAAGCAGGGUGGAGGGAAGAGCAUGCGGCUUGAGGGACACUCCCACCAACUCCAACCUUUUAGCUUUUGGGGCAAGGAACCGCGUGUACACGGACGGCGAUUUGAGAAGGUCAGUGUGUCUCGAGUUAGAACCGAAAAGGGGUGCGCGGGUGAGCAGUUCUGUGAGUAUGGACGACGGAUCGGCGGCAGGCCUGAGCAUUCAUGGAGUGGCCAAUCAGAAGGGUCUUCAGAUGGAGGACUUGGAGAAGAUUAGUCCCAUUGGAGUGGGGGUGAGUCAGGCUUGGGAUCAUUAG